AUGUUGGCCGAAGACAUCAAGCGCAAUAUCGAGCUUCUUAACAUCACGAUGCAAUUCAUCGGUAUGACAAGGAAAAACUUCCUGGAAACUACCCUCGUUCAUACAAUACCAGCCUUAGUCCUUUCCCGUAAUGGCGAUGCACUCAAAGAAGUCGCUGGUGUGGUUCAACAGAAAUUAGGAGUAAUGCUCAUGGACAAUAUAUCGCAUAUUCUUGCGCAAGCAUUCCUUCGCCCUCAUCAGACCGACUCGGCUCUCAGAUUCCUCGUUAGUCUGUUGAAAGACAUGACAAGCUCGAACCCGCGAGCCCAGCCGAAUAUUUCCAUCUCUUCUCUCAUGACCGCUUGUAUAGUCGACUUGGUCGUUAUGCUGAUUGUCGAGCUAGGCGAUCAGAAUAGAAGCGUCAGGGCAGAUGCUAAAGCUGCCUUAAUCAAGGCUAGCUUACAACAGACUGGCAGUGAAGAUAUUGGGGCUUUCCUUAAACCCUUAAUGCUUGGUGUGAUAUCUCAGCUCAAUGACAUGUUACAUGAUGUACAAGGCAAAAAGACGGUCGAUUAUAAACGCAAGAUCAUCAAGAGCUUCGGAUCUCUAAUUAGAUUAGUCGGAGAUUCGAUGGCAGGCACUUUAGGGAUUCCAGAACUCCGAGAAGAAACGUUAAAAGCAUGGGCGCUAUUCAUCUCGACCUUACGCUUCUCUGAUGUUGGCCCAUUUGUCGGACGUACCACCGGAGCUCUCAUUGCCAAUUGGUAUACUUUUGGCCCUCACGAGCGGGAUAUCGCAGCAAAGAUCAUCAAUGAUAUUGCCGAUAAUGUGAAAGAUCUCAGUCAAUACGUGGAUGAAAUUGUCGGGCUGGACGACAUACCGGAACUGCAAAGUGCUGCUACUCGGCUCACAGCUCGACGGCGAAAAGCCAAAGUUCAGGACCACAUCUCUAAAGUGCUUGACAGAACGGACAGCAAGAAUGUCGCCAUCGCCACGGCUUCGACUCGCGAGCUCAAGUCACUACUGCUGAAUCGUCAAGCAGAAAUCGAAACGCUGGUCCGUGGUGACACGUUCGACGGUGUCAUGUCUCGACUCAUGACUAACCUGCUUUCAACCGCCACCCGUGAUGGAGACUGUCAAGAGCUCAGAGCAUUGAGCUACGAAUGCAUGGGGAUAAUCGGUGCUCUCGAUCCCGAUCGCCUCGGCUUGUCCUCGGAUACCGGAACUAUGACUAUCGCUGCCAACUUCACGGAACCUGAAGAAUCGAAAGACUUCGCUUUACACCUAAUCCGUGACCUCCUCGUCGAUGCCUUCCGAGCUACAAAUGAUACGAAGCAUCAGACACAUCUUGCAUAUGCAAUUCAAGAGUUGCUGAAAUUCUGCGGAUUUAGUCCCAAGAUAUUGCAUUCAAGCGAAAAGGUUAGUACAAGAACUCGAGAUAGAUGGGAAAGCAUCCCGAAGGACCAGCUCGAAACUUUGACACCAUUAUUGGAAUCGCGAUUCUCAAUAUCGGAUGGACCUAUCAAGACCUAUUCUCAUCCGAUUUACUCUUCUGCUCCAACUUAUCGAGAAUGGUUACAGAAUUGGACAACCGAUCUUAUUGGCAAAGUCAUGUCUAUGGCUGGGGAUGGACCUUCGACUCGAGAUAGUAAGACUAUAUUCGGAGCUUUCCGUGGUGUUCUCAAAAAUCAAGAUGUCACCGUGGCCCAUCACUUACUCCCGCAUUUGGUCCUAAAUGUGCUCCUCUCAGGACUUCGGAAUUACCGAUUAGAAAUAUCAUCAGAAAUCAAUGCGGUUCUUCAAGAGCAAGUGAAUCCCACCGGUCCAGCGGACAAGAGAACGCUCAGUGCGCAGGUUAUCUUUGAUCUGAUGGAUCAUCUCAGUAAAUGGCUGCGACUAUACCGAAUGACCAAGACCGAUCGGAAUCCCCAGACAAAAAUCAUCGAAGAAGUUCUAUCUGAAAUCGAAACUGAACUUAUGGCAAACGCUGCACUGCAGAGUAAAGCUUACGCUAGGGCUCUUAGGAGUUUUGAGGAGAGAACUGUUGAGCUUCGAAACAACAAACGUGACAAUUCCGAACUUCAAACUUACUUCGAACGCUUGCAUCAGAUAUAUUCUGAACUCGAUGAACCCGAUGGAAUGGAGGGAGUUUCAGCAUUCGUCAUCUCUCCCUCUUUGGAGCAUCAAAUCCGUGAACAUGAAAGUACCGGCAGAUGGACAUCAGCUCAAAGCUGCUGGGAGGUACGCCUACAACAGUCACCAGACAAUGUGUCCUAUCACGUUGGCUUGCUGAAAUGUCUGAGGAAUUUGGGUCAUUAUGCUGAACUCUCAUCUUUCGAAGCGGAAGCUGCGUGGAUCAUCGGAGAUUGGACCACCGUCAAGCAGAUUGGCUCUACGGGACCUGCGAUCGGACAAACCCUUUUGGCGCUGCAUGAACAUCGCGAUCUACAGCCGGUUCUAUUGAGUGCUAGAGAAAGAUUGGGAACACACAUCACAGCCAAAGAGUACGGUAGAGCUUACGAAUCUCUUCUGCAGCUGCAUCUGGUUAGGGAAAUCGAGAUGAUCCAGACUGCAAAGCAGCGUAUCGAGCAGACGCCAUCGGGACCUAACAGGCAUGUUUUGAUCCAGAAGAUCACCCAAGAUCUCAUCAAAUCGUUGGAAUCAAGGUUCAAUUUCACUUCACCUACUUUUCGUAUACGUGAAGCCUUGCUCAGUAUUAGAAGAACAGCUUACAGCUUAUUCAAUACUCCUUUGUUUGAAUCGGAAAUUGGAGAUGCUUGGAUCCUCAGCUCCAAAAUAGCUAGGAAAGCUGGCUACGAUCAGACAGCAUACAGCGCUGUUCUUCAAGCCAAAGAGGUUGACGCUUCCUUCGCUUUCAUCCAACAAGCCAAGCUGAACCGGACCGGUGGCGGCAUCUAUAAAGCUUUGACCGAUGUCGACAACGCACUGAAGCCUUUCCUCAAUACGGAUGUGGUCAUCGAUUUGACAGGGAACAGGGAUUUCUCAAGAGAGCGUAAACUCGCCAAGCAAAGUGGGCUAAUGAAACCGAUCGUUUCGAACGCAAUCACAUCAUCAGAAGAUAUCAGGAGGCGAUCGCUAGAGCGCAAAAACGAUGCCAAGAAUGCUUACACUCUGGCUCGAUCUUGGCGAGAACAAAGAGUUGAAACUUUUCUUACUGCUUUCCCACAAAUAAUCUCUCGUAUCGUGCAUCCCAGCAAGAAGGUUGCCGGUAUCUUGAAGAAGAUCAUGGCUGCGGUCAUUGUCCGAUAUCCUCAGCAAGCACUCUGGCCUACCGUUGGAGCUAUGCAAUCGAAGCGAGCGGAGAGGAGGCAGGCAUGCCUUGAAGUGACAAAUAUCGCUUCAACUAAGUCUCAAACGGUUGCCGGUUUAAUCAAAGAUGCCACAAACUUCUCAGGCAUCCUUCUAAGAUUCACUGAUGAUAAAGUCGACGAGAAAAAACGGCAAAUGUCAAUGUCCAAUGAUUUUGACUACGUUACCAAGACCAAGACUAGAAUGAUAUUGCCCCUUCAAGAUGCUUUGACAUGUGCUUUACCCACUACAUCCGAAACUGUCAAAUCACAUAAUCCAUUCCCCUUUACUCCAAUCACAAUAGCAGACGCGAGGUUGAUGGAUCUCAACUCAAUGAUCAAUAAACUACUCAAGAGUGCUUCCGAGUCCAGAAGACGACAACUUUGUGAGUACCAGACAUUCGAGCAGAAGCUGACAUCAGACAUCCGAACAUAUGCUGUGAUGCCCUUGAACGAAGAGUGUGGUCUACUAGAAUGGGUUGCAAAUACCAACGCGCUCAAAAGCAUUCUGGAAAAGGGAUAUCAACGCCAUAACAAGAAGAUCUACAUCUGGAACAAGGAUAAAGAAAACUUCGAACCUCUCAUUCAAGCCUUCAAAGACCAAAUAUUGCCCAAAUAUACGCCUACCGUCUUCAACGAGUGGUUCUUGAUAACAUGGCCAGAGCCUUCAGCGUGGCUCGCCAGUCGUAUGGCGUAUGGUCGGACCCUGGCUGUCAUGUCUAUGAUUGGCUAUGUGUUAGGUCUCGGUGAUCGACACGGUGAAAAUAUCUUGUUUGAUGGGUUGUCCGGAGACACUGUUCACGUUGAUUUGAAUUGUCUGUUCGAUAAAGUAAGUUCACCUGUGAAAGGAUAUGACUGA